AUCACCCACCUCCCCUUAUAAGCCCGGCCCCGUGGUCUUUUCCUCGAGCACUGCACAGGUUGUAGGAGAAGCCGCAUUAGCAUGGACACCUAUCAGAAACCCGAGGACAAGGACCUGCAGGCCCUCAGAGACGCCGCCAACCGCCUCAGGAUCCACUCCAUCCGGGCAACAUGUGCCUCCAACUCCGGGCAUCCUACAUCCUGCUGCAGCGCCGCCGAAAUAUUGUCUGUUCUCUUCUUCAACACCAUGAAAUAUGAUGCGGCUGACCCUGGCAACUAUAACAACGACCGUUUUGUUCUGUCAAAGGGUCACGCUGCGCCCAUAUUGUAUGCUGCAUGGGCAGAAGCCGGUCACAUCAAGGAAUCUGAGCUGCUCAACUUAAGGAAGAUAGACUGUGACCUAGAAGGACAUCCUACACCCAAACUGCCUUUUGUGGAUGUGGCCACCGGCUCCCUGGGACAAGGCCUGGGGGCAUCUUGUGGCAUGGCUUAUACCGGGAAGUACUUUGACAAAGCCAGUUACCGGGUGUACUGUCUGCUGGGUGACGGAGAAUCCUCUGAAGGAGCUGUAUGGGAAGCCUUGGCUUUUGGGUCUUAUUACAAGCUGGAUAAUCUGGUAGCCAUAUUUGAUGUCAAUCGCCUGGGGCAGAGCGAGGCGGCUCCUCUUCAGCAUCAGACAGAUAUCUACCGGAAGAGAUGUGAAGCCUUCGGGUGGAACACUUAUAUUGUAGAUGGUCAUGAUGUGGAGGAGUUGUGCUGUGCCCUAUGGCAGGCUGCCAACGUAAAGGAUAAACCCACCGCAAUUAUCGCAAAAACAUACAAGGGAAAAGGCAUUUCAGGUGUUGAAAAUCAAGAUAACUGGCAUGGAAAGCCAAUGCCUAAGGAUAAGGUGGAGUCCAUCAUUAGUGAGAUUCAGGGCCAAAUCAAGGCCAACAAGACCCUGACCCCUGCAGCUCCUGUAAGAGACGCCCCAGAAGUCAGCAUUGCUGAUAUAAAGAUGCCGACCCCACCAAGCUACAAAGUGGGUGACAAGAUAGCAACACGUAAAGCAUACGGACUGGCUCUCGCUAAACUUGGCCACGCGAACAACAGAGUUGUCGCCCUAGAUGGUGAUACUAAAAACUCUACUUUCUCUGAGAUCUUUAAGAAUGAGCACCCUGACCGCUUCAUUGAAUGCUUUAUUGCGGAACAGAACAUGGUCAGUGUAGCUAUGGGCUGUGCCACCCGCAACCGCACCGUGGCUUUUGCCAGCACUUUUGCAGCUUUCUUCAGUAGAGCUUAUGAUCAGAUUCGCAUGGGGGCCAUUUCUCAAUCCAAUGUGAACCUCUGUGGCUCCCACUGUGGAGUUUCUAUCGGAGAGGACGGUCCCUCUCAGAUGGCAUUGGAAGAUCUCGCCAUGUUCCGUGCCAUUCCAUCUUGUACAAUCUUCUACCCCAGUGAUGGUGUAUCCACAGAAUAUGCAGUCGCUCUAGCCGCUAAUACUCCAGGCAUCUGCUUCAUCCGUACCAGCCGGCCGGACACUGCAAUAAUCUACUCUCCGGAAGAAAAGUUUGAAAUUGGUCAAGCCAAGGUCGUACGCCAAAGUGAUACAGACAGGGUCACGGUUAUUGGUGCUGGUGUCACUUUACAUGAGGCUCUGGCGGCAGCAGAUGAACUCGCAAAACAAGGCAUUAAUAUCCGUGUGGUCGAUCCAUUUACCAUUAAACCUCUGGAUGCUGCGACCAUUCUAUCAAGUGCCAGAGCUACUGGCGGACAUAUCAUCACGGUGGAGGACCACUACAAAGAAGGUGGUAUCGGGGAUGCAGUCUCUGCAGCUGUUGCAGGAGAACCUGGUUUCAUUGUCCAGCGCCUCGCCGUCAAUGGCGUUCCUCGUAGCGGGAAACCUGCCGAGCUACUGGAAUUGUUUGGCAUCAGUGCAAAAAGCAUUGUGGGAGCUGUAAAGUCUACAUUUGCCAACUAAUCGGAGACCAAACUGUCUGCCAUAGAGCAGCUCAUCCUUCUGUGUAAAGCACUGUCCAGCCAUCUGAUACUAGCGUGUAGCUCCUUAAUGCGUCUGCUACCUCAGUGUGAACAUGUUUAACAAUUCUGACAUUUCCAUACCGUCAUGUGACACUAGCUGGUUUCUAGAGUUCGCCUGUAAUUCCAUUUGUCAUUGUCCUGUUUUCCACUGCCAAGCACUUAAUAAAGAGGAGACCGAUCAAAA